UAGCUAUUAAUAUUACUAAUGGUUGAUCUUCAAGCUAUGGAUCGUGCUCAUCGUAUUGGACAGACAAAACAAGUGAGAGUUAUCCGGGUUAUCACUGAACAUACGGUGGAGGAAAGAAUUGUGGAAAGAGCUGAAAUGAAAUUACAGCUUGAUAAACUGGUUAUUCAGCAAGGGAGACUUGUUGAUCCAAGCAGUAAAGUGGGCAAAGAUGAGAUGUUGUCAAUGAUUCGACAUGGAGCAGAUGCUGUGUUUGCAUCAAAAGAGUCUACUGUUACUGAUGAAGACAUAGAUGCUAUACUGGCAGAAGGAGAGAAGCGUGUAAGAGAAGCUGUUACCAAGUAUUAGUAGACCAGGCACAUGUAAUUGUUAUCUGCCUUUUGUAUCACUUCCAAACACAGAGAGAGAGAGA